GCCUUAUAGAUACCCGCAGCUUGACGUCACACGUAAAUAAGUUGAUCAAGCCUCAGCUGUUUUUUUAAGAAAGGUUGUCUUCCUUUGGGUAUUUAUCGAAUAGCACUCCAGUGAUAUUAUCGAAAAUCGUACAAUGUCAUAGAAACAAUCGGACUAUUAUUUUGUUGUACAGGAAAGUAUGUGACACGCGACUUUGUGACACUACUUGAAAAUCAGCCUCGUGUAAAUAACAAACCGGAGCGUCCAACAGCUAACAGGAGUUAGCAGGAAAUCCUCCACAGCGAUCUCCCUCUCACUUUCUCUUCAGUUUCGCCCGUUGGUUCGCGGAUUCUGUCAACGAGCCCAGUCGGUGGUCUCGCCAGGAGAGGAUGAACUGGCUUUUCCCCCUGUCCAAAGGCUCCGGACCGCUCCCUCCUCUGAACAGCCUCCAGCAACAAAGACAGCGGCAGAUCGAGUCGCUGAAAGCCGCUCAUCCCAGGUAACACCAGCAGGGAAGGGUCCGAUAGAAGAGCCAGCUCCAGCUAACAGGCUUAUUACUUAGCAUAACGUUGACCCCUUUCCCAUAAAUCGAUCACCGCUGUGUUUGGUGAUCAAUGGGCUGACGGUUUUCACAGACACACGUCAGCUGAGAUGAACACAUCUCAUGUUUACAUAGAUUUUCCAGGAACUUUGUUGGUAUUUAAGUCGCAUGAGAUGUGCUCGGCCCUGGCUGUUGUUCCUGAGAGUUUAUGGAUUAAAAAGAAAACCAUUUGAGUAUAGGAAAGCUUCUUUAAGCUGUCCCAGCCUGAUCGUUGCCUUUGUUUACAAGCUUCCUCGAGUCACCAGGCUGUGAUUUGCUGAGGCACAGUGUUGGCUCAUCAGCUCAUGAAGUCACAGUUUCAGUGUCUAUUUUUGGGGUUGGUGACAGGGGUUGAAGCCCGGCCUGCCCUGUUCUGUUAUGACUCCAGUUUAUGCCAAACCGUAUCAUUACGCAUUUAUUUGUAGGAGGAGUCUGUAUUAAUUAAAUGUGGAGAUUAAAGUAUUAGCCUUUGUUUACUGAGGGACUCUCUAUGCUGCUCAGACACAAUGUUAUUUUGUUUUUCUACCAGGUUGGACAUUAAAAGAUGGGGGAAAAAAAGUACACCAUGUUACAAAGAGACCCAGUGACAGCCUGAUUGCAAUGAAAGUGUUUCUUUCCAACUAUGUAUGGGAAUGCAGAGGUCACUGAGGCUAACAUUAAUGUGCUGUGGUGAUGGCUGCGCUUAUGUGUCUUUAGCGUGGCAUUGUUGUUCAGAAUAAGCUCGUCGGAAAAGAGUUUUUACUCAUGAAAUUGUGCCGGGGUUGGUGGAUGGCAGUUUUCUUGAAAAGCAGCUCUUAGAAGGCCAUAUGAUAUGGUAUGGAAGAGCUUUUUUUAUUCAAAGGUAAAAGAUGUAAAGUUUAUGAAAUCAUUUGAUCCCAACAGUGAGACAACCUGCCUACCAUUAACAGUUGAAUAUUUCAGGUGUUGCAUUUGCUAAUAAUAUGGAUUUUUACUUAUGGUAAUGUUUUGAUAAAUUAAACAUCAAUCCCUUACAUAAACCUGUAAGGAGUUUUCAGAUAUUGUUAAAAAAAUGUUGCGAGUGUAAAGCUUAAAAAAAGAGUCAGUAAAAAUAACUUAUUCCUUUUUUUUUCCUACAAGUUCAGAUAUACAGGUAGAUGGUGUAAAAAUGCUGUAAAAUAGACACACCCAUGUAAUAAUGCAUGCCUUUGUAAACUGUGUAACAUGUGAGAAGAUGAAAGAACUGAAAAGAAAAUUUGAAUUGGAAAGAUAAGAUAAUUACAGAGAGAAAAUAGGGAGUUUGAACGAGGUGUGCAGUGAAUGACAAUCAAACUCUUCAUCUGUUCUUGUCCACACCUCUGAUAUUAGAAACACACACACACCCAUUUAGGAGAGGGUCUGGAUUAGCCCGUAAUGGUAUGUGUCUAUAAUAGAAAGACCAAACUUGGUGUCAUGCUAGAUGCUUAGGACGAUUACCUGACUACCCAUCCUCGAUGUUCACAAUAGAGCCAUUUACUUUGUGUCAUGUAGAACAAAUUAUUUUGGUAUAUUUAAGAACAUAUGUUUUAAAAUAUGUGUGAAUCUAACUUUUCCAGUCUCUCAAUGUGCUGUUUGUGGUUUCAUACCCUGACAUAAUCAUCAUGUUUCUGUUGUCCGGCAGCCUUGCAGAGAUCCAGAAAGAUGUGGAAUACAGAAUACCAUUCACAGUCAACAAUUCUACCAUCAGUGUCAACGUGUGAGUACAUUUUCACAUUCACAGUCAUUAUGUCAAUAGAAAGUGGUCGACUGGCUUCACAGGUGAGGUGCACAUUAGUCCUUAACUUUUAGCAUUACACCUGAAAUGAGAUCUUAACACCUUGUUUGUUUAAGACUCUCAAAGAAGAAAUACAAGAAAAGCCAGAUGAGGCACUUGAAACUUAAACAAAUGCUCGACUAGUCAGUCCCCACUCAUUGACCCAUCUAGACACUGUAUGCUUGCAGUUGUUUCAAAGAUAACUUUUACCACACCUCAAAGCCCAAAAGGCAAGUCUAUUUAUGAAAAAAACAUAUAUUAAAGAGAAACUGCACUUAUUGUACAUUAUAUUUUGUGGUAUACCUGGGAUCCUACAUUCCUGUGAGCUGAAACUGUCAUACUUUUUUUCUCCCUCCUGCAGUCUGCUACCUCCUCAGUUCCCCCAGGAGAAACCCGUUGUCAGUGUCUACCCUCCAGUUGGUCACCAUCUAGUUGACAGCAAUAAUGGCACCAUGAUUACCAGCCCUCUCAUCUCUAAUGUAAGAAGUUCUUCCAUUUUGUUCAUUUUCAUUCAGAAAAGUGUAAGUGUCUCUUGUUUAUUUAUUAUUGGUAAAUGUAAAAUAUUACUGGUAUAUUCACAGCUUAUAUUCUAUAGUUGCCCUGUGUUGUUAAAAUUCAGGAUCCCUAACAGCCAUAGAAAAAAAGUCUGUCCUAAAUAAUAGAAAAUUUUGCACUUGUAGGUACCCCCCAAUAAGCCUUUCUGUGUAAGUGCUCUUACACUAUUAGUAGUUCCCCUUGAAUCAAAAGCUUUAUUUUUCAUUUUCUAUUACCUUUGUCUACCCAUCGGCUCUCAUUGAGGAAAUCUCUUUUAAAGGUGGGGUCAGGCAGGAUCUGAGGAAGUGGCAGUUUUCAGGAGAAAUCUUGAAUGUAAACUCUACCCCUCCCAACCAGUUUUCCCCUCAGCUCCUCCUCUCCCCUCCCUCUCUGCUCCAGCAAGCCCCGCCCACAAACAGAUGCUCUUGCUCGUUCGUGUCUUUCAAUUAAAUUCAGAUAUAAUGCAGAUAAAUACUUCAGAUAAUGACAAAUGGGGCCCAGUCAAGGUGAAAAUAAAAAGCAUUGGUGCUACUGUAGAUGCCAACAGACUACCAGCAAACACAAUGUUUGCAGGACUUCUACAACUAGGAUAAAGUGACAUAGUCCAGGACCCGAGGUAGACAGUUUAGUGGCGCUACAACACGCUACAGCAGGUCCCGUUUGACAAGAAACACUUCUGUUACAGACACUUGGCUUACUUUGUUAAAGCGGUUUACCUGUCCAGCAGAAAGGUUACAGGGUCCGUAAGAACCUGAAGCGUCCCCCAUCGUUUAUGCUGAUGUUGACCACCAGAGUCUCCGAUAUUUACUUCAUUUUCCUGCCUGUGUUGGCAAUUGUGGCCAAAAGAGGAUUCAGACACUUUUCCCUACUUUCUGGUUGGUUUCUACUGUUGGAUAUUGUAGCAUGCUAACUUUGUUUGGUCUCAUGAACAUUAUUCAAGGAUGUGGAGCGUGCCUCACAACAUGAGGGAGAAGCGUCUGCCUCACAACCAAUCAGGUUGGGGGAGGCUGAGAACAGCUUUGUUUACAGUCAGAAAGAGCGGACCGCUAAAGAAUUUUAAAAUGUUGACUUCACAGGCAUAAGAACACAGCGAUAUCGUUAUAUUACCAAAUGUCAUCAAUAACUAAUAACUAUUGACUGAUAUUAAAAGCUUUUUUGUAUAUACACCACAAAAAAAGAUGCCUUUGAAAUGGAUUCCUGCCUACCCCACCUUUAAUCAUAUUAAUUACUUUUACGAACCCUGAUGUUUUUGAUUUCUUCAAGGAAAGUAAAUCUCUUUGUAUGCCAGUCUCUCAGUUUUUGUCGUUGCGUAUUUCGCAGUUUGGAAUGCACUCAGACCUUGGAAAAGUCAUUCAGAGUCUGCUGGAUGAGUUCUGGAAGAGUCCUCCUGCCUUGAUGUCAUCUGGCCCUGCUGGCUUUCCAUAGUGAGUCUCCACCUCCGGUCAUGGACGCCUGUCUCUCAAUACCUGCACAUUUUAGCAUAAUUUUCAGAUUUUCCACAGCCUAGUCUUUUUUUUCCUCAUCAAACUGUUAUUACUGUCAUUUUUAUUUCUCUGUGACAGUGAGGUCAGUCAAGGUUUGAUGCAAUAGCAUUUGACUUUUAGUUUUUUCUUUUAUACUUGAGCAAGCUGAUAAAUCGGUCUCUGUUAUUGAAUUAUCUUCUCUCUUCAUAAUUACCACAGCAGCAUGUACAAGCCUUCAAGUAUGGCCCCGUACCCCACGCAGGCUUUCCAUUACCCUCGCCAUGUAGGUCCCAGUCAUACGCCGCCUGCUGGAGGCCCAGCUCCAUCUCCAGCUCCAGUGCCUCACUCAGGGGUUGAUAGUACCCAUGGGCCCCCUCGAGCUCCAGCACCAUAUGGCCUGAUAACUGACCUGCCACUGCCUGUUCCUACAGGAGACACACAGGUACUUUAAUCAUAGGUGAUGUUUGGGGGUGGCGGUAUCAUUCUGUUAAGGCUAAAAGAGGGCACUCGUGUUUGUUCAAAGUUUGUAAAAACAACAACAGAAAAUAAAAAUCAGCAUGCACCAAGCAAUUUCAAGCACACGAGUACUCCAUAGGUCAAUAAAAGUGAAUGAUUACAACAAGUCAUUAAGCCGUGCAAACAAGAAUGUGCUCAGAAGUCCCUGGCUACAGAGUCUCACUGUCCUUUCAGGCACAGAUCUACAGACUGGUCUUGUCUUAAAAAUAAAUUCUAUUUAACAGUUCACCCCAGAGUGUCUUCCCAUGGAUUUAGACUCACUUUUUGCUCCUUCUGUGUCAAGUCAAAGCACCUGGGCUGGCUCAGGCUUCCAGAUAGCUCCUGCAGGACCACCCUAAACACCCUAACACACCCCACAAUAGUGUUAUGAAGCCCCCAUCUGCAGAGUUGUAGAAUCCUGAUGGACACAGACUCACCUCAGACCAUCUUUCCUUGGAUUUCCUUGAAUCCUCCAGGAUUUUUUGAAACUGUGGGGGAAAACAUUAUCAUAACUGAAAAGUUUUAUAAAUUAAUUAUUCAAUACAAACAUAAUUUAGCCUUAAUGGCACAGUUUGCUGCCAGGCUCAGAGCAUUUAAUUUUUCUUGUUUCCAUAAAGAAGAGCUCCAAGGCUCAGGUAUGUCUUCACCUACACAUAAAAGCAAUUAAAAGUGAGGGGUGUCAUAUAAUGUAAAAUAGCCCUUGAGCCUCUACUACAGAUAAUAUGAACAAAGUUGGUGGUAACCAAGGAGACCAGGGAGUGUGACAGGUCAUGUUCAUGCACUAUAGUGUUCUUCUAACGUGCUCUGUUCAUGUGCAAUAAAGAGUUAAAUGGACAUAACGUCAUCUGAAAAAACAGUGAAGGAAAAAACAUAAUUAAUGUUAAACGUUAUUGUCGCUAAUGUGUUAUUAACGCUGACGUUAACAUCAUGGUCAUUUUCACAGGCUUGAGCUAAAUAAUUGCUAAACUUAUCCUUCUUAGGUACCUUUCUUUCACCCUAUUCUGUGUGCCUUUAAUCCGCUCAUUAGCCUCUUCACCGCCACUCCUGAGGUGUUUUGGGAGGUCUCUUAAAUUUUGAAUACAAUGAAGUUGCUGAACAACUUGUUUGGACAGCCCUCUGAGCGGGUCAAUAGGGUAAUCUAAAAAAACAUUCAUACUCUAAUGAACAGGGAUUUUUCAGCCCUGAGUAGCAAUUGUUCAUGAACAACACAGAAUUUUGGUUGAAGUACUUAGGUACAGGUGUUCAGUCUAAUCUUGUGAAGACAAAUAAAUGAUUUUGAUGUCUGUCUGUUUCAGGCUGGACUCAAUGGACACAUGUACAAGAUGCCUGAAAUCCCUGAAUCCUUCCCUGAGCUCAAUGACUUAAAGUGAAGUAUCUUUAGAUAUUUUCAUCUGAAAGUUUUGCACUGAGAUUGUUGUACUUUUCAUAUUGUCCUCUUACCUACUGUUUCACUUCUUAUUCUGUCUUUCUGCCUCCCUGUGCUGCUCUCCAUCCCAGUCUGACCCAGCUAUCAAGCAUGUCUGAAAAUGAGGAUCUGUUGCUGGAGUUCUUUGUGAGUUUGCCACAACUCAAACAGGUCACCAACGACAAAGAAGAGCUGGUCAACAGUAUUGUGGACAUGGCUAGUAAGUUCCUCUUGUGAUCUUGCACUGAGGGUUUAAUGGUCAGUCAUUCAGCUAAUCUGAGCUUGACAAAGAUUUCUCCUUUUUUGUGUCGCACAGAGAAAAACCUUCAGAUGGAGCCCCAGCUGGAAGGAAAAAGACAAGAAAUGCUCUACAAGGUUGGUUGAUAGAUCCAUGCUCUCUUGCCCGUCCUUUCUCAACAGACACAUUCAUGCUUUUGUCUAGCAGCCCCUGACAUGUGUUUUGGUUUGUUGACAGUAUGAACAGCUGACUCAGAUGAAGUCUGCCUUUGAAACAAGAAUGCAGAGACAGCAUGAACUCAGUGAGGUGGGAGGACACACUCAUACUCGUAAACAUGCUCGAUCCUUUCUCUAAAUUCUCAAGGCUUAAUAUAUUUUUGCUUCUCAUGCCUGUGUGUCUUACCCUAAUUAGAGCUGCAGUCUUAGUACCCUGCAGGCUCGGUUAAAAGUUGCAGCCCACCAGGCUGAGGAAGAGUCGGAGGUGACGGCUGAAAACUUCCUUGAGGGGCGCACAGACAUUGAUGAAUUCCUGACCAGCUUCAUGGAGAAAAGAACGGUGAGAGACAACAAUGCAUUGAUGGAUAUGGUGUCUUAUUAGGUCUGGAAGAAAAAUGUGUAAAACAUCCAAAGAAGAAAAUGUCGUAAUAUUUCCUUUUCAUUCCUCAGCUGUGCCACAGCAGAAGGGCCAAAGAGGAAAAGUUGCAACAGUCCAUAAACACACAUGGGCAGUUUCCUACCAGCCACUAAAAUACAAGGUACAAUGCAUGAUAACUAGAGCAGUGAGUAAACAAAUCACCAAGGCACACUGACUAUCAUUUUGGUGUUAACUAAACUUUACUCCAUUAUUUACUGGAAAAAAACUACAUCUUUUCAGCUUCUGCUGUUUCUUCCUACAUUUGGUCCUCAGGUUUUUUUUUUUUCCUCAGCCAACUGCUGCCAACUUAAAGAAUACAGACGUCUAAGGUGAUGAAAAGCACACUGAUUCAACAACAGGCACUUGAGAGAAAGCAGAAGACUUGGAUGGCAAUGAUGAGAUCUGUGGUUGAGGUUGGAUUGUGUGAGAGCAGAAUGGAGAUGCAACAUGACAGACACACAACAAGAGACAAAUACUGAAAGAGAGGGGCGGAGUGGGAAGUGACACGUCCAGCUUUUCCAACCACACCACUCUGGAGCGAUAACAUAUGGAUAAUUUCUUGUACACAUGCUGUUUGUCCAGUCUUAACUUCACAGUGACAACAAAUGAAGUAGUUUCUUCAUUAACUUUAUGUUGCAUUGAUCAGUAAGAGCAAAAGCUUCACCUAAUAGUAGUUAAUGUGAACACAUUUGGAGAAAUGAGGUUGUAAGUGUUAACAUGACAGUUUGAAAAUGUUGAACGUUGGUGUGUUUGUUUUCUUUUAUGAGAUCAUUGUUAGGUCAUGUCAAAUUAUCACUGUAGCAUUCGCUCCUAUUGGAAAGGGAGAGCAACAUAUGAACUGGGGGUCACUUGUUUACACCAAAGUAGUUGUUCUUGACGUAGACAUGGAGCUCAGUGCUCGUCACUUCAAGUCAGAACCCCACUCCCCAUCCCUUAAAAAGGAUGAAACAGCAUUGCUUGAGAGGCACUUGAGACCUGGUUUCUAAAAUGUAAACUCUAUAUAUAUAGAAAAGUGGUUCAUUCUUAAGUAAGUUGUUUUGGUGUCUCUUUUGAGUAAUAUCUUAAGCAAAAUCUGGGUGUCACUGUGUUUGCACAAACGUUUCCAAUGUCAUCAAAUGAGGCAAUCGUCAGAUUUUCAAACCUGUAUUGGGCCCAUAUUAAACCUUUUUGGUACAACUUAAAAACCAGAGGAGACAGUCAAAUUUAAAAACUGGUUACCUGUCUGUUGUUUUAGAUUGCCCUGAUUGGUUGGUAGGUGAAAUCAGGUUGUUUUCUGGAUCCCUUAGAAGACUAUUUAAGACAUUGACAGGUCCAACAAGGAGAAUUCCUGGGCCACACGAGUCCUGUAAAACAAGAACAGUUACUUCACUUUUUAAUUCUCUGCCCUUAACAUGAAUUGAGUAAUUUGUGUACAUGUAAACAUACUGAUGAUGAUGAAAACCAUCAUGACCUUUUUGACACAAUUUGAGCUUGAAUAUUUGAUUGAUGAACAGCUUCUGAAGAUUUGUGAUAGCAGGAGUUUUAGGUUUGAUGCUGCAGUAAAACUAAUGGACAUCAGAUACUGUAUUUAAAUAAUGUUGAUAGGCUAUAUUGUAAUCAAAGACUCAGCCACCUUGUAUUAUAUGUUGUUAUUUAAUUUGUUAGAAUAAUAAAGCAUUUAGAAUAAACUGUG